ACGCGUCUCGAGGUGCCUGCGUUCAGUUUUAUGCGCUCCGUCUCGCUUUUAGCUCAAGGAAGAGUUCUGUGUGAACGCCCUUUAAUGCAAGUUCCCUAAACUAGAAGACGCUUCGCGCGCUCUUUACAUCGGGAUUCAGUAGAGCAGGUGUCUUUAGCAGAGCGCGCCCGCUGAGCGCCGAGCCCGCGGUCAAUCUCAUCACAUGGGGGAAUGUCUGAGGACAACUUGCCCAUGUCUUCAGACAGUAUGGGACAGAAUAUACGGAACCUCAAGGGACGACGGAGAAAAAGGUGACAGUGGCCAUAUGGACGAUGGUCCGAGUGGAGUUAACAGAGAUACGGAGCCUGCCAUUCGUUACGCAGAGCCACGUAACGCAAUCCAGCCACCUCAGAAAACUGACAAUGCUAUUUAUACGGCUCUGUGGGACUUUGAGGCACGCGACGUCGCGGAGGUGUCGUUCAAAGCUGGUGAUAUGUUCCAAAUUAUGAAACGUUCCGGAGAAUGGUGGACCGCAAGGAAAAUAGACUCAAAUGGAUAUGUUCUCGCGACAGGUUUUGUUCCGUACAAUUACCUGACGCGGGCCAAGUCCGGAGAGUCUCAACCGUGGUUCUUUGGGAAGAUGAGCCGUGUUGAGGCUUUGAGUCACCUCAUGUCUGCAGAAAAUGAUGAUGGAUCCUUCCUUGUGCGAAUCAGUGAGUCUGACAGUGUGGGCCACGUACUCACAGUGAAGAAACAGAACAAAGCAAAGCACUUCAAGAUCUACCAGGCCAGUGGUGGAUUCUAUAUUGAUCUGUCUCUUAAAUUCUCCAGUGUAUUAGAGGUGGUAGAACACUACCAAACGUAUCCAUUGGCCUCUUUGGACAGAUUGAAGCGACCCUGCGUCCGGAAAAAGCCUCAGCCGCAGGAUCUGUCACACUCCACGGUUGAUGAGUGGGAGCUGCCUAAAGAAGAAUUUACCCUUGAAGAGAAGCUCGGCAGUGGCUUCUUUGCUGACGUUUACUGUGGCAAGUGGAAAAAUCGCUUCAACGUGGCCAUCAAAAUCCUCAAGAACAAUGAUUGUCUUAAGCAGAAAGAAUUUCAGAUGGAGGUGCAGAUUAUGAAGCGAUUGCGUCACAGGCACCUGAUUGCUCUCUUUGCCAUCUGCAGUUCCUCCACCCCAUAUUACAUCAUUACUGAACUCAUGGAGAAGGGCAACCUGCUCAACUUCCUAAGAAGUUCAGAGGGUGGGGCAUUGGACCUGGUGUCUCUGAUGGAUAUGGCAGCUCAAGUGGCGGAUGGGAUGGCAUAUCUAGAGGCUAAUAACAGUAUUCACAGAGACCUUGCUGCAAGAAAUGUUCUAGUUGGAGAGGGAUAUAUCUGUAAAGUGGCUGACUUUGGCCUAGCUCGAAUCAUUAAGCUGGCGCAAAAUGCAGCUGCCAGACUUCUCAUGGGGACUCGCAAAUACGAGCCAGUUACACCUAUUUUAAUCACUAUGCACUUGCUUCCUGUUAAAUACAGAAUCAAUUUUAAAAUGAUAUUGUAUGUUUACAAACCCUCAAUAAUUUGGCCCCUCAGUAUCUGACUGAUUUGCUCCAUCCGUAUAUUCCCUCUAGAACUCUGAGAUAUUGCGAUCUUGGUUUACUCUCUGUGCCUAGAUCUAGACUUAAAAAACGAGGUGAUCGCGCCUUUGUGAUCGCUGGUCCAAAACUCUGGAACAGUCUACCUCUCCAUAUUAGAUUAGCCCCUUCUAUUUCAACCUUCAAGUCUGCUCUAAAGACAUACUUAUUCUCUCUGGCCUUCAAAAUUCCUUGAUCAUUAUGAACUGUUUUCUUUUAUCAUAGUAUUUGUUAUUUACUUUGUUGUAUGUUUUAUCUCCUGUAGUUAUUAUUUUUCUUUUUUGUACAGCACUUUGGUCAACUUUGGUUGUUUUUAAAUGUGCUAUAUAAAUAAAUAUUGAAUUGAAUUGAAUAAGAAAUGCUUUCUUAUGCAUACAGUUCAAAAAGUAUGCAGAAAUUCGCUCUCUAUCAUUAUUGUCAAACUCCAAUGUAUUUUGCUCAUUUUACUGUGGUGCGAGUGGUGUUCAACAAGCAUUGUCCUCCAGCAUGUGUUAGUUAGAAUACUGAGUUAUUAGAACAAAAAAAUGAAAAUAUACUGAGCAGGAAGGUCAGAUUUUCAGAACAAGAGCAUCUGGCUGGGAGUAAAAUAAUGUUUUUCAUGUAUUGCCCAAUAAACAUGGAUCUUUGCUCCAUUAAUACCAAGUGUAAAGGUAUAUGGCUGUCAUGUUUUUUUUUUUGUCAUAUCUUAAAUACUGAACUGCACAAAGAGUGAUGGGUAACAAUUAUGUAGAGAAUAUAAAAAGAUAAGCAUGUCAUUACAACAUUCACCAAUAAAUUUUUAGGGAAGUUGUACUUCCUGUGGCAUGUAGCCAGCAAUUGUGUGUGGUAGAUACUUUACGUUAGGCUCCUGUUUGUUGCUGGCACAGAAUGUGUCAUGCAAUCACUUGCAUGAGACCUUACACAACUAAGAUGAUCUCACAAAAAGAAGCUAAAAAAAUAAAUAAAUCGCAGAAUGCUAGAUUACAAAUAUACAGCAAACUAUAGCACCACUAAUAAAAUAAAAAGAACAGCCUGUACAGCCUACUGUACCUGUACAGUUACAUAAUAGUUCAAGCAAUACAAAGCAAUCUCUGAAAUGAAAAAUAAUACCUGACCUGAAAAGGUAAGGUAUAAUCAAGGAUUUAAUGUUGGGUAAAAUGCAUUUUUCAAAAAGUUUUGACAAAAUCACUAUGUUACAUAUAUGAAACCUCUCACUGGAAUGCUUAUUUACUUGGUGUUCAAAAGAUAUCUGACUACAGAUGAGUACUUGGUGAUUACAUAGUAUUCUAAUUAUAUAACAUUAUAUAUAUAAUUAAUAUAAUACUAGUAUAUUAUUACUGUGGCUGCCAAUCGAUUAAAAUGUUUUAAUAAAGUGAUAUGCCGAUUAAUUAAUCAAAUUAAUCACAAUUAAAUGCAUGCAUCAAUAUUUGCAAUGAAAGUCCCCCAAAUAAACAUUAUUAAAAAUACAAUGAUUAAAUAAUUAUUAAUAUUUAAAUAAUUUGAAAUAAAAUAUUUAUAAUAAAUAUCAUAAUUCAGGUAAUUGAAUGUAAAUGUAAAAUGCAGUACAUUAUUGUGUAAGACGAGUGAUUAGGCAUUACAAAAAGUAGUUUAAGAAGGCAAUAUAUUGUUUAUUGAAUAUAUUGCAUUUACUGAACAUUUUUGUGGAGAUUGGGUUCUUAGGUUUUUCGAUUCUUGGGUUUUCAGCAAGCAUCCUCUAGCCAACUAUAAUUCAGUCAGGACCACUUCCGUCAAAUGAAUACUGACUUGAGUACUUGAUUGAAUGCUUUACUGACUGUACACAAUUUAAGCAUCUGUUGGUGUUGGCGAUAUGGUUCUCUUCUGGGCAUGGAUGGAGCAGGGAGAGCAGCGAAUAAAAAAAACCCAGGGGUAACAGAACAGAUCCAGCAGAAUUAUUACAACAAUAAACAAUGUUUCUGACAGUGCAAGAUGGUACAAUUGUUCAUUGUAUAAUAGAUUGAAUGGACACUUAAUAGAACUUAUACUGUAUAUCAGCUGGCAUAUCAAGAACAAGGUGCAAUAACACCUUGAAAAUAGGAAUUCCAAACUGGCAAUCGUUUGUAGUCUGAGAGUACACAAGACAAAUUCAGAGAAAACUAAAAGGCAAAGCUGUCAUAUGAGUUGUGGAGCUGAGGAUGGAGGAGGGUGAUUAGUGCAGCUUGCAUCCAUGCAAUAAAAAGGCAGCUUAGAGGAAGGAUUAAAGGGAGGGCUUAUAGAGGACCGCUUUGAUUGGAGUCUGGAUAUGUAUUGGUAGACGUCAUGGUCAGCUGAGCGUCAGCUUAUUGCAAGCUGACUAACAUGACCUGCCUGAACUGAUGCUACGCUUGAUCUAUGUGGUUUGAAGUUCUCAAACACUCACUAAAACCACACAGUUUAAAACAACACACACAAAAAUAAACCAAAUGUAGGGAAAAUGUAGUUUCAGUCAUUAAUCAAGUUUUACUUCUAAAGAAAUUAAUUAUAAUUUUUAAAUACAUAUUAUUAAAUCGUGAUUACUUACAUGAGAUGAAGACUCCAGUCAUAUCAGUAGUAAACAAUUUCAAGGACUAUUUGUGGUUUUAAGGAAGUGACGAACAUUUCCUACUAGUUGUCAUACUCAUUCAAAACAACAGCGGGAGGCACUUUCGUAGUGACUUUAAGACGAUUGACGUUAAUAAAAUUAACACAAUUGUCAUAAAAUGUCAUUAUUAAAAUGAGGACCAUGUUGUUCGGUGGCUGGAUUCUCCCUGGAUGUCUGGAGCUAAUGUAAAUUAAAGUGGUUAGAUCUCUAAAACAGCAGCCACAAAUGGAUGCAUGAACCUCAGCAGUGAAGCGAGGCAGCUGGAUACGUGCAGUAAUAACAACUGUAGUGCACAUCUUAUCUCUGGAAGGUGAACGAUAUUUAUACCAACUAACUGUAAGUUUGAUUUCUGUAGCAGUAUUUUACUGUAUUAUGAACAGUUUAUUACUGUGGAGUGAUUGCACUAGAGCAUUUUCGAUUUACUUUAAAUCCAAAUAGUCAAACUGAGCGCUGAACUCACCAAUAACAGGAGACUAUUUUUUUGCGCUGAAAAGGCAGAGAGAGAGAGAGAAAAAAACAAGAACGUAAUGGGAGUUUGCUGAUAUAUUUCUGAUAUUUAAUUCUCUUAUAUAAUAUUUUUUUCCUCACCUUUAUUUAUAGUUCUUUAAUAAAUCUUUAUGUAAUCGAUUAUUUAAUGUUUAAGGAGUUCUCACAAUGCG